AUGAGCCGUGGAGAUCGCCGCCCACCACCAGAAAUUGAGGGAUUGACUUCAUUGAAGAUUGAUAAUUUGUCGUAUCACACAUCUAUCAACGAACUUCGCCGUAUAUUUGAACGUUAUGGAGAUAUUGGAGAUGUUCAUAUUCCACGCGACAAAUACACCAAACAAAGUCGUGGAUUUGGAUUCGUUCGCUUUUUUGAGAGACGCGAUGCCGAGUACGCUUUGGAUCGAACUGACGGAAAAUUUGUUGACGGUCGCGAGUUAAGAGUUUCGAUGGCGAAAUACGAGAGACCAGCCGAUGAGAGGGGAAGAAGAAGAAGAUCUCGUUCGGCGGCUAGAAGACGCUCGCGCUCUCCGAGAUAUUCGAGAUCUCCAAGAAAAUCGCGCUCGAGAUCGCCUCGCCGUGCUCGUAGUCGUACUCGUUCUCCGCCGGCACGUGAUACUUCUCGUUCGCGCUCCAGAAGCCGAUCAGCCUCAAGAUCGAAAUUCCGCUUGAGAUCGGGCCGUACGCCACCGCCAAUGGCUGGUGGCUCGCCAACAUUCGUCGGUAAUGUCACAUAUCCUGAAAUUCAGACGCCAGCAGGAAAUCUUAUGUUUGAUGCCGACUUUGAAUCAGGCAAUCUUGGACGAGUUGACAAGAUAUCGUCGUCUGAAUACGAUCUAUUCAUUAGGCCAGACACCAUGAACAAUAAAUAUCGAGUUUGGUUUUAUUUCGAAUGCAAGAAUGCGCUUGAAGGCCAAAGAGUAAUAUUCAAUAUUGUGAAUUUUUCAAAACAGCGGACAUUAUUCGAAAACGGUACCGCAGCCCCUGUUGUAAAAUCAAAACCUCAGAAUAGCUGGUCGAGGAUUCCUUCUCGGCAUAUUUAUUACUAUCGAAGCAGUCAGCAUGGCGACCGCUGGAUUCUUUCCUUCGCGUUUAUUUUCGAAGGGGGCGACGUCGUGAAGUUUGCCUACAGUAUUCCGUAUACAUAUGAUCAUUUGCAAAAGUGGCUAACCGAACUGGAAUCGAGGAAUUAUCCAUUUUUUCACAGGGAUAUUUUGACCUAUACUGUGCAAAAAAGAAGAGUUGAUCUAAUAACGAUUGAUGGCUCGAUUGUCGAGAAUCUCGGCAGCUCUUCAAAGAAAAUGGUUUUUCUGACAGCUCGCGUGCAUCCCGGUGAAAGUCCCAGUAGUCAUGUUCUUCACGGUUUCAUCGAGUUUCUUGUUUCGAAUGAUGAUCGCGCGCACAAGUUACGAAAAGUCUAUUGUUUUAAAAUAGUGCCAAUGCUCAAUCCAGACGGUGUUUCGUUAGGAAACUAUAGGUGCUCUCUAUUGGGAUACGAUUUGAACAGAAUGUGGCGAGAGCCGUCGGAAUGGGCGCAUUCGUCAAUUUUCGCCGUCAAAGGACUUCUACAACAGUACGACUCAAAUCCACAAGCUCAAACUAUUCUUUAUAUUGAUUUGCAUGCUCAUUCUCAAAAAUCAAACUGUUUUCUAUACGGGAACGUCUCAACAAACAACGAAAAGCUGUGCGACCGCCAACUAUGGCUUCCGCACUUACUUGCAGAACUGAGCGAGGAUUUCUCUCUUGAAUACACCCAAUUCAACACAGAUGCCGAAAAAGCGGGAACUGGGAGAAGAACAAUGGGUGAACUUGUUUCUUGCAUUUGUUAUACCAUGGAGGUGUCAUUCUUCUCAUAUCGCCACAAGGAUUCGUCAGGAAAUUCUCACUGCACUCCUUAUUUGCAAUAUAAAUAUGAAGCUCUAGGCGAGGCUCUGGCGAAGGCGAUCCUAAACUUCUAUGAAACCGAUUGCGGCCUUCGAGAUAUUUCGCUGGAGCGUAGUUUUCGAUCGUUUCUUUCUUCACGAGCGCAGGAAAGCUUGAAACAAGCGCGCCAAGUGAUUAAAACCGUUCAGAACAUGUCGUAUAAAUAA